AUGUCAACUGAUCAAAGUGACAUUGAAGAAGAAAAGAUCAAGCAACAGUAUGCCCAGCUCCUCACGGAGCUUCCAAGAGCUGUUGGAUCUUUCGGGACACAUCUGCAUCUUUACAAAGGCAGUUGGCUGCCUCCCCCUGUCCUGUUAGCCGCAAUGCUGAUGCAAACCCACUUCAAGCAUCGGUCCACAGAUAUCUUCUUAUCAUCUUUCAUGAAAAGUGGCACCACAUGGCUGAGAUCACUCAUGUUUACCAUCCUCAAUCGAUCUCGCUUUGAUUUUUCAGACCACCCUUUGCUCCGUAAGGGACCCCAUGAAUGUUUUCCGAUUGUUGACCUAUUCCAAUCCACAGACUACCCCAUUAGCGAUACGGAAGACCUUUCUUUCCCUCGACUUUUUGCUAGCCAUUUUGCACAUAAUGUGUUACCUGCAUCCAUCACAGAUCCUUCUUCCGGAUGCAAGUUUGUUUACGUGUGUAGGGAUCCAAAAGACGUGUUGAUCUCAACGUGGAAAUUCAUACAUAAAAUGACACCUAAAGAACUCCCUCAAAUUUCGUUGGAUCAAGUGUUUCAGAUGUUCUGUGGCGGUGUUAUGGAGUAUGGGCCGUAUUGGGAUCAUGUGUUAGGCUUUUGGAAGGCGGCCCUUGAAUCUCCGGACAAGAUAUUGUUCUUCAAGUAUGAGGAGAUUAAGAGGGACCCGGAGGCUCAUGUAAAGAAGUUAGCUGAGUUCAUGGGAAUGCCAAUUUCGGUUCAAGAAGAGGAUAAUGGAAUGGUGAAAAAGAUUGUUGAGUUUUGUAGUCUUGAGCAUUUGACGAGCCUGGAGAUAAAUAAGAUUGGGGCUCAAAGGUUUAGCAGUGGGCAUGUUGUACCAAAUCAUGCUUUUUUCCGAAGAGGUGAAGUCGGAGAUUGGAAAUCUCACUUAACCAAGGAGAUGAAAGACCAAAUUGAUGGAAUUACUCACGACAAAUUUAAAGGUUCCGGUUUGACAAUUGGUGCAACUCCCAAGUGA